GCACGUUUCAACUCCUCGAAUCACGUUGAUUAGAAGUCAAAAGUCAACACUUUCAAUUAAAUUUUAGCCGAAUUUAUCUCAUAGACUUCUUACUUCUACACAAUAUUACUUCAGAUGGCGAAAUAAUAACAGCAUUGCGCAACAUCCAGGCAUUUGUACCUAUCCUCAACGAAGCAAUAAAAUAUGGAUCAUGAUAUAUAGGGUAACUACACAUAGCACUCAGUUAAUAACACCACAUCAUAAAAAUUAAACCAUCGUCUCACGUUCACAUCGAAAUUUCUCGCGCUCAGGCUCACCACAAUGCACGUUUUAUUAACUUGGCUCAUUUUAUUCUUUUCGGUCGCGUUUUUAUACGUCUAUCACAGUUUGAAAAAAUCUUACGCUUAUUUUCAAGAAGCGUCGAUUCCAACGAUCACACCUCUUUCCGCAUUCGUAAACACAAAGGAGUUCUUAUGGAUGAAAAAACCGUUGGUAAAACAGGUAUCCGAAGCAUACCUAAGUUCCGAACCCCAUCAACUUUUUGGAAAUUACAACUUAUUCUCUCGUUCGAUCAUGAUUCGUGAACCUGAACUGAUAAAAAGGAUUCUGGUCAAAGAUUUUUCGUAUUUUCAACACCAUGGUACAGAAGUUUACAAAGAUAUCGAACCAUUGGCAUGUCAUUUGUUCAAUUUGAAAGGAGAGGAAUGGAGAAGCCUCCGAAUGAAAAUGACCGGUAUAUUUACAAGUGGAAAAAUGAAGAAGAUGUUCCCGUUGGUGGGAAAAUGCGCCGAAGAGAUGAAAUCUGCUUUAAUCGAGUACGUCUCCAAUCCUGAAGGUUUUGAAGUCAGAGAACUAUGCUCGAGAUACACCACAGAUGUGAUAGGAAGUUGUGCUUUCGGAGUGGAUACAAACUCGUUUAAAAAUCCGCAUUCGGAAUUCCGAAAAAUGGGAGCUCGAGUUUUCGAAUUCAGAUGGAAACUUCUCAUACGACUGAUGACACCAAAAAUGCCACCCUGGUGUGUGAAAUUUUUCGGAAUGGAAAUGUUCAGCAAAGACGUGAUGGAUUACUUUAUGAAAAUCACCAAAGAUAUGGUCAAAUACAGAGAAGAAAAUAACGUAACCCGGGGUGACUUUCUCGACUUACUGAUCGCUUUGAAAAAUCAAACCGAAACGGAAGAAGUCAAUAAUCCUCAGGAAACUGCAGACCUGAACAAAUCCGCACCUCAAGUUGGUGAAAAUCGUAUCAGAAGUGACAUAAAGAUGACUGUAGAGUUGGUGGCUGCUCAAUGUUUUCUAUUUAUCGCUGGCGGAUUCGAGGGUGCUUCUGUAGCUUUGUCGUUUUUACUAUACGAGUUAGCUCAGCAUCCACAAAUUCAAAAUAAACUACGCCAAGAAAUAAUAUCGUCGAUUGAGAACAACGGAGGAGAAUUGAAAUACGAUAUGCUCAAAAAUCUAUCGUAUUUGAACAUGGUUUUACAAGAAGUCAUGAGGCUGCACGCUCCAAAUGGAGGCGUCAUCUUACGACAAUGCAAUGAAAACUAUAAAAUACCAGAAACAGGAACCACAAUCGGGAAAGGGACACAAGUAAUCAUACCACUGUCUGGAUUACACUCCGAUGAAAAAUAUUACGAAAAGCCAGACGAAUUUUACCCCGAACAUUUUACCAAAGAAGCCAUAUCCCGGAGACCUCAUUUCGCUUAUUUACCAUUCGGAGAAGGUCCUCGAAUUUGCAUAGCCGAACGAUUCGCAAAUAUGCAAAUUUUGAUUGCGGCGGUUCAUUUGAUAAAAGAUUUCUCUUUCGAGUUAUCCCCCAAGACUGUUUUACCUUUGGAAUUUUUGCCUUCGGUUUUCACUCCGAAGGUUAAAGGAGGAAUUUGGCUUAAAUGCAAGCCACUGUAAAUAUUAAUUUUUGCAGUAAUGCAUUUGAGUGAGAUUACUGAUUAUUGUGUUUGUUUUUUUUUUUUUUUAAUAAAAUUUAUUGUUGCA